AUGACCCCUGUCAUGAAAGCCUCAGACACUCAAAGUGGAGAGUUGCAAUGCUCUGUGGCACCAGUGGGGGCGCUACACCCUGUUCAGGGUUUGCUGGAGAGGUUUGAGGUUGGUUUGGGCUGCGCUGCAAGAGAAAGUGGCAACAAGGAGACUCAUGUCAUUGCUGUGGGAAGAGUUACUAACAGCCCCGAUAACAAGGUGACGGUCAUGCUGAGGCCCUUGUCUCUCUCCCCUUCACCUCUCAGAGCCCUCCACCUGCUGCUCAGCUCUAAGCUUCCAGUUAACUGGUGGCUGGAGGCUGAGAGACUGUCCCCUGACCUGCCGGUGUUGGUGCAGGUGUCCAGCAAUUCCAGCGUAGAGUCCCACACCCUGCGUCUGCAAGUCCAACCGGUGCAUUCCCUACCUUUCCGCCCACGCGCACUGCACCGCUGGGCUCUAAAACACCAUGGCAACAUGUCCUCUCUAACACACACAACGCAUGGCAAUCGAGCCUAUGUCCGACUGGGAGAGGAUCCAACCCUGCCCGCUGUGUGCCAGCUGCAGUCUAUGUUCCUCUCUAACAACUACAUGACCUCUGACCUGCAGCCACAGGAAGUGCAGGGCUGCACCCACGCGGCUGCAGGUGGGAACAGCCCCGAAGUCCACGUGAUCAAGCUCCAUUCUGCGGGCUCAGGACUCUGUGGCUCUCUGCAGGUGGAGGUGAUAGUCUCUCUUGUGCCCCCGAUGGCCAGUUGGAAGACACAGAAGGUUGUGUUGAUUCUCAGCAGCUCGAUGCCAGUCAACUGGGCCAUUAUUGCUCAUGGUGUCCGGGGUCACGUCUCUGUUUAUUCCUCCAACAGUGUAUCCCCACCCUACCCACCUGAGCCUGACCUGACCCUUUCCAGUGUACUGAACUCCGACCUGUCCACUUUACCUGACCUUCUUGUCUGGGCCAGUGAGAGCGGCUACACCAAGGUGACCUCAUACACUGAGGCUGACCUGGCCAAUCGCUUUGUGAUCCAGCUGGCUGGGGGCAGGACAGGUCAGGACCCCUUGCAUCCUGUGGUUGGGCGGCCUAACUGGGCUGAGGAACGCAGGCUGAGAGAAUGGCUGAAUGGUGGCGGCAGAGUGGGAGGAGGCCGAGAGAGUUUCACAGUGCAGUGUGACGACGGACGCCUCAGUAUGACCGUGGACCAACAAAUCCUGCAGAGCUUAUCUGUCCCAGUGGCUGCCGUGACUCUGAGAGACCCAACAUGCCAGGCUCAGUCCAAUGGGAGCCAUUUCCUGUUGGUGUUCCCAGUCAUUUCCUGUGGGACUGAGGGACUGCUCCUGGGACAUCCCAAAGGGGUGCAGUACAAAAACAAGGUGUUAUUAUGGAGAGACAAGCCUCGUACCAUCCCGGCACUCAAUGGCACAGGGAAAAAGUCCAAAAGUCCACUCAGCAUACAUGAGAUAUCUUUCAGCUGUCUGGCUACAGUCUCCAGCCCCAGCAGCCCUGUUUCUGAAGAUGAUAACAGUGUAAACACUCCUCCGACAGGGUUGGUCCCCUGGGCACCCCGGGGUCCGGGGCCGGAUCCAGGACUGAGCCAGCCCCUGACACCCAGACACAGAUCUGGGCCGGUUCUCAUUUUGAAGCUUUUUGUUUCUGAGCGCUACGAUCAGAAGCGGGUUGGCCCCUGUGUCAUCACUGCCAACCACCGUGUCUACUUUGAGAUUUCCGCCAAAGGCCCCUUUACAGAUGUUGUGGAGGUGAUGUCAUGUGUGGUCUCUCCUCUGUCAGACCCAAAAAAGUCUCCUUUCUGGACUGUCAUCAGCAACGGCUGUUCAUCAGACCCCUCACUGACCCUUGGUGUACAAACAAAAGGAGAAGAGGAGGAAGAAGCUGAAGGGAAUGGCGAACUGGAAGUGGAAAAGGAUGAAAGAGAAGACCGAGAUUAUAAGGAUGUUGAUGAUAAUGAUGAAAGUGUCUCCCUUCAGGAGGAGAAUCUGUCCUUGAGAUUUAGUUUCCUCCUGCGGCCGGUAUAUAAUGACUCCAUGCAGUUCCUCCACUGCAGCCUUCGCCUGUGUGUCUCUGACUCCACAAGAGGGGGACCCAUGAAAGAAGAGUCAGAGAAUGACUGUGAGGGUGGGCUACGUAUCCCCCCACUUGUAUCAAGGUCACCCAGGCAUCAGUGUGAGGUCAGAAACUUGUCCAGGCCUAUGGUGGUCACCCAGCGUAUUAGUUCACUGUCACCCAAAAUGUUGAGGCCUCCCACAGGCGCAAGAACCAAGAGACUUAGCGUCUCCCCACUGGCCAGCCCACAUCCAGAGCACAGCAGCUCUGUGGUGCAGACAGGACCAGUGAUGGGAAUCGUCUUUGCAGCCUUUGUGAUGGGCGUCAGCUUGGUCGGGGGGCUGUGGUGCAUUUACAAUUAUACAGGUAAUGAGACCAGCUUCCUUUAA